CGUGCAUACGGGAGCAUUUAGCAGCAAAGCAUAUUAGCCAUUGCUGUCGGCUUGUUCACUUGGUCAAAUGGUAUCGCGAGUUCAACAACGAUACAUACUAAUUUAACAAUCGAAGAAUAAAUAAUAAUUCGUCAAGAUGAGUGCUGGAAUGCCAGAGCUUGGUUCUAAGAUCAGCUUAAUAUCAAAAGCUGAUAUUCGUUAUGAAGGAAGACUUUUUACCGUAGACCCUCAAGAAUGCACAAUCGCUCUCGCAAACGUGCGAUCUUUUGGAACGGAAGAUCGGGAUACGCAAUUUCCGGUUGCUCCUCAAAAUCAAAUUUAUGAGUAUAUUCUCUUCAGAGGAUCUGACAUUAAAGACAUCCGAGUUGUCAAUAAUGUCAACACUAUUCCCAACGACCCAGCGAUCGUUCAGAUGACCGUUCAACCUACGAUGAACCAGCAGUCCUAUCAACCUCAGCCUGGUUAUGGACAUCCAAUGAUGGGCCAGAUGCCUCCAAUGGCUGGCCAAUACGGACCGCCGUACGGUAUGACAAUGGGAGCUAUGGGUCCAGUGAUGACGAUGCCUCCAGUCAGAGAUCCUCGAGGAAACAUGAAUAAACCUCCAAGUGAGUUGACCUCAGGACCUGUCGAUUCCAACGUCAUCAAUAUCCCCAAUACACUGCCGACGGCCAACGUCAAGCCGUUGACAAAAGAUCAAUCUCUUGAAGAUGGUGUUAUGGAUCUGAUUAGUGGAUCACGAUCAACGACUCCAACAUCUUCGCUUCUGAACAGAAAGAGUCCAACAAUUGAUCAAGGGACUCAGGUAGGACAUCAGCAAAAACAAGGUAGUGGAAAAGCUAUUGAGAAACCGAAUAACCGAAACGUACAAUCUCAACAUCGUGACACGCAAAACCGUCGAAGUGGCAGUGGAUUGUCCCAUUACAGUGAUGGAAAACGUGAUGGAAGUACUCACGACAAUCAGAUGCACAAUCAAAGACAUUCUCGAGGGUCUCAAGGGUCUCAUGGACCUCAAGGUCCCCACGGACCUCCUAGUGGACGCACUGGCAAUCGCGGUGGCUGGGUUCCACGUGGUAAUGUUUCUCGUGGCCGUGGACGAGGAGGUCGUGGCGGUGCUUUUCCUCAAAAUCAACAGGGUAACACUGGCAGUAAACCCAAGAAUACUUUGAAAUUCGACAAUGACUACGACUUUGAGCAAGCCAAUACCCAAUUCGAAGAACUUAGAUCCCGGUUAGCCAAAACAAAAAUUGAUGCUGGCACAGAGAAUGAGAAAAAAGAUGAUAGUGGAAAUGAGACUGGAGCCGGUGAAGGAGAACCUGAAGAGGAAACUGAUGUUGUUCACUAUGAUAAAGCUAAGUCGUUCUUUGAUAACAUCAGCUGUGAAGCCGUGGAGAGAAGUAAAGGAAGAUCUCAACGUACGGAUUGGCGAACUGAGCGUAAGUUGAAUACAGAAACAUUUGGAGUAUCAUCAACAAGACGUGGUGGCUUUCGCGGUCGAGGCUACUAUAAUCGUGGAAUGGGUGGAGCAUAUCGUAGUAACAACAACGGAGCUGGUGGUCACAUGGGUGGAAUGAACCCAGGAUCAGGCGGAUACCGUGGCAAUUAUCGAGGAAACCGCGGUAACAAUCCAACUAAUCGCAAUAAACGAGGGCAAAAUCAAGGUAGUAACAGUAACGGCGGACAAAAUGGCCCUAUCAAUAAUCAAAGUACAAGUCAAUCUCAGAAUCGACUUGUUACUGGUACUGCGUAAAAGUGCUUCAUUAUAUAAAUAUUUAUAUAUAUCUCCCCUGAACCCACUAGAAUGAUAACGAAUCACUAUAAUGGGAUUAAAAUUACAAUUAUACAUAAACAACGCGAUACUUUAUAAGUAUUUACUUAGUUUAAGAUUUUUACUGUAUGUGCGGUAUCAUAAGAACCAAACAAGAUUAAGAAAAUGAUCGAGAGUAAAUGAAUAAAUUUUCAACCAUACUUCGAUAGAGUGAUGAGUAAUGUAUAUUAAAUGCGAUUACCAGAAUUAAUUUGACAUUACGAUCAAGUAUGAAUAACUUAGUAUUCUAUAAAUUUGAGUAAAAUUAUAAAUACAAUUUCAAAUACUUCUAAGAGUACGGUCGUUAACCGCGUAAGAAAUGCAUUAAAUUUCGUACAUUCAUAAAUACUAUUUUUUUUUAUUACUACUAAUACUAUCGGGUUAGUUUUGUUAUAUUUUAUUUUUUUGGUUUUGUCAUAAUGAAAAGUAUUUAGAAUAGUGUCAAAUAAUUAAAUGAGGAGUGAAAAGGGUUUUUGGGGAGUUAUACAAUAUAAAAUAUACGAAUAAAUUUAUUCUUCGCUGUUUUAAGUUGUAAAAAUACGAAAAAGUAAAAAAAAAAAAAAAAAAAAAAAAAGAAAAAAGAAAAAACUAAGAUUAAAACUAAAAAAUUCCAAUGAGAAAAAAAAUGAUGAUAAGGUGUAUACUGAAAAGAAGCAGAUUUGGUCUAACUAUCCUGAAAGUAUAUUAGGAGAAAAAUUCAGGCAUAAAAUAAUGAACAGUAUAUGUAUAUAGUAUCAUAUAUUUGUUGAAAAAAAGAAAGUGUAUCAAUUGCUGGAAAUAUUGAGGUGUUGUUGGAUUGUAUCCGCUUGGACGGAAGUUGAAGGAUUAUUUUAUUGCCAAAUGGAUUGUUAUCAAUCAAAUCUGUCUUCCUUAUUUCUCAAUAAAUAAUUUUCAACUAUUUUGAAUAAUGUAAUUUUAAGUUAUCGAGUAACUAAAUAAUGAAUAAUUGAGUACGAAUUAUUUGACGCUGUAACACGCUGUUCUUUCGUAUAAAUACUGUUGAUAAAAAAAUACAAUGCUCGUGAUCAUUUAAUAUUGGUUGCUUAUCGUGAAUUAGCGUGUACUAACGUAAUGUAUGUGAUCAUUGACCGGGUGAAACUAUAAGUCGGUAAUGCAUUUUCUUUCGGAAAAUUAAUGUCUCGUGUUACAUACAUAUAUUUAUCAAUAUAUGUAAUAUGUAACAGUAAAUGUAAAAUAGAAUACGUAUAAAUAAAUUUAAAGAAUAAAAAUUGAUAAAAAUAAAAAUUAUAAAUAAGAAUGCUAUUAACAGUGUGUCGUGAUAGUAAAUUUUCGAACUUGUGCCGUGUAGGGUGUUACUAAAAAUUUAUGGCCAAUAAGUAAAUGAACUAAGAUAAAAUAUGGCUUUAUAAAGAAUCGAAA